AUGAAUGAUGCUGAUCAAAUUUAUGAGUAUCUAAAACUUGGUGCUACAACUUUGAAGGAGUGUCUUACACACUUUGUUGAUGGUAUAAUUGCGCAAUUUUCGGUAGAAGAUCUUCGAAAGCCAAAUACUAAAGAUCUCCAAUGUCUUCUUAGAGAAGGGGAAGAUAGAGGAUUUCCAUGUAUGAUAGGGAGCAUCGAUUGCAUGCAUUGGGAAUGGAAAAAUUGUCCCGCCGGAUGGAAAGGAAUGUAUCAAGGAAGGUCUAGAACAACGACUGUAAUCUUAGAAGCCGUUGCUUCUAGAGAUUUAUGGAUUUGGCAUGCUUUUUUUGGAACACCAGGAUCUUGCAACGACAUAAAUGUACUCCAGCGUUCACCGGUUUUUGACGACCUUCUCAACGGUAGAGCUCCACAAGUCCAGUUCGAUGUGAAUGGAAAUACCUACAACAAAGGGUACUAUCUCACAAAUGAAAUUUAUCCAAAAUGGGCAACCUUUAUUGACGCCAUAACAGCUCCCCAAAUCCAUAAACAAAGGUUGUUCAUUCAACGUCAAGAAAGUGCACGAAAGGAUGUUGAACGUGCCUUUGGUGUACUACAAGCUCGAUUUGCAAUAAUUCGAAAACAUGCUUUAGCAUGGAGUGUGCCAAUGCUAUGGAAAAUUAUGAUGACAUGUAUCAUUAUCCACAAUAUGAUUGUGGAAGACGAGCGCGAUACUUAUGUUAAUUAUAAAGAUCCACAAGAGUUCGCCAAGAACAACCUGAAAAUGUAG